AUGUAUCGAAAUCAAAAUACUAAUACUUUCUAAAACCCUCCGUCUUAGGGUAGCUAUCUUCGUAAGACAGAUCCCAACUACUACGAUGAUUCGCCAGAUAUGAAUAUAAGGCAACCACCUCUAGGCAUAAGUAAGGAAUUGCAAAGUGCAUAUCCUAGAUACCAAGAUUCUACUCAAUAAAUAAUGUAUAAUCAGCAACAACCAUCAAGUCAUGCGUAUGCAUCCAUUAAUUCCUAAUUUGAUUUAAAUAGAUCCAGAACAGGACAGCAGUAUUCGAAUUAGCAACAAGUGCAUGGAUCUCAGGUUAGCAAUUACAUAUAGCCAAGUUAUCACAAUCCCGCUCCAAGGUUGACUCAGAGUGAAGAAUCUGGGGGAGUUAACGCUAAUACUGAGGGAAAUCAAUACCAGGAUGAUGAAGAUUUUGACGAUGAGCGAGACCACGACGAUAUGAGAGAAGGAGAGAACGAUAUUGAGUACAUUAUUAUGAAUCUCUACGCUAAAAUGAAGAAUCUGGAAGGCAAAUACAUAGACCUCUCAAACUACUACAAGCAGGAACUCGUUAGAUCCUCUGUAACUAAAAAUCCAAGUGAAAUUGAAGGGAAUGUAGGCGGCAUCAACAAUUAAGUAAGGAGUUUUCAAGGUGUUGGAGGCUUGAACAAUCUAUCAUCCCCUCCUAGGAAUAAAACUAGCAUGAUUGAAAUGGAUUAGUCACCUGGCAAAGAUUCACCAAAGAGAACUGGCGAUAUUGCUCAGGAGAAACAAAUAAUUGAAGAUUUAAUACUUGAAAAAAGAAAACUCGAAGACGAUGUUAAGUAAAUACUGGCAAUGAGAGGCCAGCCAAAUGGAAACUAAGCAUCAUAAAACAUGCAUCAUCAGCAAUCACCUCCUAAAUAUAAGAUUUCAGACUUCAAGACUAAUAUUCCCAGUUAAGAACAGUUACAGUUCCUUAAAUAGUAAUUGAGUGAAGCGCUAGACAAUGUUAUUGAUAAUCUUGAUAAUUCAUAGAAAAAGGAACUAUAGUAUUUAUCAGCAAAGCAAAAUGAGAUGUACUAACUUGCCAGCAGAUAUAACCUACCACCUCAAGUGAAAAAUGAAUCACUUGGACUCUGGUAUGAUGCUAAGACUAAGAUUACAUCUAUUAUGGGAGACCUAAGGAUAUCAAUUUAAUAAAAGUAGAAGCAUAUUGAAAAUAAUCUCGUUAGCUCUCAAAUCAAUAGUGAUAGAGGAGGUUCCUUAUAACAAGAUGCUAAUAACCUAUCUGGUAACCUAAAAUAACAAUUAGAAUUUAUAAACUAGAAAAAUGACAAGUCUACUCCGAUAAGCAGCAAGAUGAUUGAUGAUUUGAAGCGAGAAAUGGUCACUAUUAAGAAGAAGUCUGAAUAGCACUAAAAGUUAGUUCACAAACUCAAGGGAUAAUUGAAAUUUAAGGAAGGAUUGAUUAAAGAAGAACAUUUUAAGCUAAGUUAAAUUAUCAGAGAUCUCAAGCAAAAUCUAAACAACAUUGACGAUAAUAAUAAGAGACUUUUGAGUGGAGAUAAAAAUCAAAAUAUCUUGAUGAGUCCUUUUGAAAAGAAGAUUGCCACUUAUUAGAAGAGUGCUGAGAUGAGAAAGCAAAACGAAAGAUCUGGCUCUAGAGGUAGAACUACAGGUGCUCCAAUGAGCAACACUGGCUCAAACUUUUACAAGUUUAACCCAGAUCUUAACAAUCCUUAGAUAAUUCAAAAUCUUUCAUAACAACAAGAUUAAGAUCAAGAACUAAGAGUGGUAAAGCAAAAAUUCAAGAACUUUGAGGUUACAUUUGAUGAUUUCACCAAUAAGCUAAUGAUUAAAAAUCAAGAUAUCAAUGAUCUCGAGAGAUAAGUUGACUCACAUCAUUUAGUGGAGGCUAGGGGCCUAUAAAAUUUGGAAUAGUUGAUCAACCAUCAUGCCUAAAACUAGAAGUAAAACGAAUAGAGAUCCAAAUCAAGAUCCAGAGUAGAUAACCUUACCACAUCCCCAGCAGCAGCUUCAGGAGGCUACAAUACUAAAGAGCAUGAUAAAAAACUGGCAGAGUUGCAGAGAAAUAAUGAGUAGAUUUACCAAGAACUGAGGAAAGCAAAUGAAAAGUAUUUAAACCAGAGAGUUGAGAACAAUAAACUCAAGGAUGAAAACCAGAUUUUAAAGAAUAAUCUUGACGAUGCUCAAAUUCAGAUUAGAAAGCUUACUAAUGCAAGUCAAAAUGAACAAAGUUCUUAGAAUAAUAACUCUAAAUCUAAUCUCUAAGUCAGGUAGAAGUCUAGAGCCAGUAGAUAUGAAUUAUCCUAAGGAUAAAAUGUAUUUGGCUAGUAAUAGUAGCAGAGGUAAUCUAGCAAUAACUCAACUUAAUUAACCAGAGAAAACGAAGAUCUGAGAAGAAGAGUUCAAGAGCUAGAAAAGGAAUGCUAUUCACUUACUUAUUAUCAAUAAGAGAUGCAAAGAAGAGGUCCUGGAUCAAAUGGAAACGCAUCCUUCUAAGACCCAUUCACGAGAUAACUUAAUAUGGAGAAUGCUGACAUGAAAAAUAAGUUAGAAUAACUGUGCCUUUAAGUACAAAAAUUCAUGCUUGCUAUGAGAAGACUAUAGAGAGCAGUGAACAAUAAAGAUAAGGAAAUUUAGAAUCUAAAGGCUGAUUUUGAGAAGAAUAAGAAGGUCCUAGAUACUAUGGUCAAAGAGAUCAAGGAGAAAGAGGACAACAAGAACUCUAAUAAAGCAGGCAACCUUACAACAAAUGCCUAUAAUAAUCCUCAGCAUUUCUCAAUGAUCCUGGGUGGCAACAGAGAUAGCAGAUUUGGAAAUGAAAGUCAAGAGAGACAAGUAACUUCGUCAGUGCUGAGUGCUCAACCUUUGAGGAAUAGAAGCCAAGCACCGAAGGAUCUGAACACUAGCGGAAGUUUCGCAAACCGCUAGUAAUACCCAAUAACCUAGAGACCAGGAGCAAUGAACGAUGACCUUAAUCAAUCUAAUGGCUAACUUCCUCCAAAGAAAGGCAUUAUAAGACCAAAGACUUCUCAGCAAUAGCACUUCACUCCAAUUUAAAACUAAGGCUUUAACACAGAACUUUAAACGCCUUAACCAUAUGGGCAGGUGCCAAGUCAGUAAUACCAAAGCUUGGAUCUUUAGAAUUAGGAGUACUAAGAGAACUUUAAUAACUUACUCGAGGAAGUUAAGAAUAUGCAGGAGGAAAGAGAGAUCCUUAGAUAAUAAAUAGAGGAAUUAAAGACCAGAUGCGAGAAUGAGACUGCUGAAAGAAAUGCUUAGGAAGUUAAACUUAGUUAGAAAGCUGAGAAUAUCAACAAACUUAAUAAAUAAAUCAAACAGUCAACUGAUAGAGUUUACAAGUUAGAGAAGAUAGUAAAUGAAUAUAAAGACGGAUUUUCGUUACUUGAAAACGCUUAAAAUCUAAACUAGUUGGCAGUUAGUAAACUGAAAACUGAUUUGCUUUACAAGGAGAGAGACUUGAUAGCUUAAAACGAGAUAGUCAAUAAGGAUAAAUUUAUUCCAUUUGGAAGCCAAUCUAUCUACAUUCAAACUGUAUUGACAGGUCCAAUUGAAGAUAAAUCGAAAUUAGAUUCUUUGAAAGCUUAAUUAACAAGCUAGGUGUAAGCAAAAGAGUAAGAGUUAGAAAGACAAUUUAUUGGUUUGGAAGAAAGACUAAAUGCCAAGGAGUAGGAUUUAGAUUCAGUUAAGAAGCUUUUUAUGGAUAAACUGAAGGAACUAGAGUCCAGUUUUGUUGAACUAAGCCAAGAUAUGAUUGAAUCUGAGCAUGUGCAAUUAGAAGCAUCAAAGAAAUAUCAAUAAAAGUAGCAAUAGCAAUUGAGAUAGUCUUAGAUUUAAUAGAAUAAGAACUAAAAAAGCUAUGAUGCCUAGAAUGAGCUAGAAAGGUCUAUUGAAUAAAUACUCAGUGAUGGAGGAGUGAAUAAAUAAAAACUAGAGGAGGAGUUGCAAGAAUAGAUUGACUCUUUGACAUAAAUGAAUGAACAACUCUAAGAUGAGAAUGGUGAACUCAGACAAAUCAUCAAGCAACUUUAGAAAGACCUCUAGAACUAAGAUGAAUUGCUUUUGAUCAAAGCUCAGUACGAUGAAAUCCAAGAAAUCAAUGAUAGACUUGAACAGGACAUAGAAAAUCUAUCAACAGAACUUGAUCUGACUAAGAGAUAAGCAACUUAACUUAAAUCCCAACUUGAUAAAACUAAGACAGACCUGGCAGAGACUCAGAAAUCUAAGGAUAAAGCCAUCAACACAUAUUAGGCAUAGCUAGAUGAGGCUGAAAAUUAACUUCUUGAUAUGAACAACAUGCUCUCUAAAGAAUAAGAAUAAAGGAUUCUAUUUGAAUCAGAGUUCAGUAAGGCUGAAAAGCAGGUAAAGCAAGCAAAAGCUGAGAAAAUGCAAAUCGAAACCUAGAGAGAAAAACUAGCUAGAAAAGAAAUUGAACUUAUGACUGAAAUCCAGUCACUCAAGGAGGAGAUUGAAUACAUAAAUACACUUAGGAAAGGAGAGAUGAGCUUUGAUAGCAUGGCUGACUAGGACCAGAACCAGGAAGCUUCAAAUGCAGGAGCAGAUGAUGAGGAGGAAAAAAGGAUACAGAACAACCCAAGUGACGCUGCUCAUCACUAUCUAAGGCUAUUCAAAGCCACAAAAAAAGAGUUCAAGAUCAUGACCAAUAACAGAGAUAAAAUCUAGGUUAAGUAUGACGAACUUAAAGAUAAAUUUGAUUCACUUAAGCAAGAGUCAAGGUCUAAUGUUGAGGAGAUUAUGAAUAUGGAAUCUAAGAUCUUUGACUUGACUUCAAUGAAUGAAAGACUUUAAAAUGAGCUUGAGAGAACAAAGGGCUCUAAUAAAGUUGAGGAGGAGAAUAUCAGACAAUAGAUUCAAGCUGAAUUUAAAGAAAGACUUAAUUAUAAGGACUCAGAGAUAGAGGAAAUGACCAAGAAGGUAGCAAGAAUCUCACAAAAUAACAUUGAGCUCACUUAAAAAAUCAAUAGAUUAGAGGGUAACAACUAGGAACUAAUGGUAGACAAUGAAUCCAUGAGAAAUUAGAUAUCAUCUUUGGAGAUGGAGCUCGAGAUGACAAAGGUCAAUAACGAAAGAGAUAUUGAGUAGCUUUAGCAAUAGAAAGAAGAGGAUAAAAAAGUAGUAGAUGAAUAGCUUUAGCAAAUCUAAGCUGAAAAGGUACAACUUUUUACUAAAGUUGAUAAGAAGAAGCAAAAACUCGGCAAAAUGAGAUAAGAGCAGACUUAAAGUAAAAUGCUCUCUGAAACAAUUAAGAAAUCAUUAGAAUAAAAACUUAACGAUAUCCAGGAGCAUCUUAAGAGAGAAUAAGAACAAAAAGAUGAAUUGGAGAGACUUAAGCUUGAGGAGGCUGAAUAACUUUAAAAUGAUAAACUCCAAUUAGAUAUGAAGCUUUCUAAGAAGAAGCAAAAGCUUGCUCAAUUGAAAUAGUAGAUUGAUGAGGAAAGAUAAGAAAGAGAGCAGAUUCUUUCUUUGAAAGAAUAGAUUGAAGAAGAGAGUAAUAAUAAAUAAUAUGAGCUCGAGGAGAAAAUAUAAAAGAAGAAGUAAAAGCUUUAGCAACUAAAGAGUUAACAGUCUCAAGCUGGAUUUAUGCAAGAAGCAAUUAAAAAAUCUCUUGAGGCUAAAUUACAAGAAAUAUCUCUACAACUCAAAGAAGAGCAGAGAGUCAAGGAUGAGAUAGAAGAAUAAAGAAUUCAGCAGCAGUAAGAGGCCUAAGAAGAACUAGAUAAUCUUCAAUACCAACAAGAAUAAGAACUUGAAAGAUUGAAGCUUCAAUUCCAAUAGCAGCUUGAAAAUGAAAAGAAAUCAAAGGAUGAGACCCAAGUCAAAUUACUAGAAGAAAUGUAAAAGAAGCAUGCUGAUGAAAAACAAAAGUUAGAGCAAAAACUCAAGGAGGAGAUUGAUUAACAAGAAAGUAGACUCAAGGAAAGUGAGCAAGAGAAGCUAGAGAGAGUAAGAUAGCAACUAGAACUUGAGAAAUAAGAAUAGUUGAAAUAACUUUAGGAGGAGCUAUAACAAGAGAAAGAAAAGAGAGAGAUAGAAUUGCUACAUGAAAUGGAACAAAAUUAGAUCAAGUUAAAGCAAGAACAACUGUAAAGAGAACAAGACAUUCUCUCAGAGUAAAAGCAUAAGUUAGAAGAAGCUUAAAAUAAACUAAAAGAACAAAUGAAGCAGGAACUUUCAAAGAAAGACAAAGAAAAGCUCCUAGUUGUUAAGUUAUAGCAGCAUGUGAAGAAAUGUAUAGAAAGAGAACUUUAAGAAGCAAUUGAUAAAGCUGAACAACAAGAAUAAGAAAACGAGAGAAUGAAAAAUGAAUUCGAUUAGCAGCUAACUGAGUGUGAUGAGUUAUUCUAAUAGGAGCUUAAGGCCAAAGAAGAUGAGAUUCAAGCAAUGAGAUCUGACUUUGAGAUAUAAAGAGAGGAAUUAAUACAGCAAUUAAGAGAGGAGUUUGAAUUAGAAAAACAAGAAAGAGAACUUGAAUUACAGCAUGCAAUGGAGGAAAAGGAGAUUUAAUUAAGAUAAGAGUAAUUGGAAAAAGAGUAAGAAGUUUUGAAUGAACAGAGAUAGUAGCUUGAAGAGGUCUAGCAAAGGUUAUAAUAAGAAAUGAGGUAAGAACUGAGCAAGAAAGACAAGGAAAAGAUGCUAGUAGUCAAACUCUAGCAACAUGUAAAAAAAUGUAUUGAGAAGGAACUUUAAGAUGCAAUUAACAAAGCUAAUUAGCAAGAGGAGGAAAAUGCAAGGCUAAAAGAAGAGAUUGAUCAAUAACUCACUGAGUGCGAGGAGCUAUAUCAGCAAUAGUUAUAAGAAAAAGAAGAAUAGUUGAAUUUACUCAGACAUUAACUUGAUUAGGACAAAGAAGCUAUCUGCUAGCAAAAAGAUCUAGAGCUAUAGCAAAGGGAGGAUGAUUACCAAAGAGAAAGAGAAGAGUACGAGUAGAUGCUUAAGGAUUUGGAGCAGCAAAAAGAUUAGGAACUCAGAGACAUUGAAACUAAGCUUAAGCAAUAAGCUUAGCAGGAGCUCAAGACUUAAAACAAAGCAAGAUCACUAGUUCAAGUUCUUGCAAUGAAAGCAAGAGAUAUUAUUCUAUAAGAACUUGAGAAAGAGAAAGAAGCUAGAAUCUAAUAAGAGUUAGAAGCUAAACAAGAACUAGACAAGGCUAUUGAGCAAAAGGAAGUGGAAUUAAAUCAAUUGAGUGAAACUAAUAAGAUAAAACUUGAUAUGCUCAAACAUCAACUUCAACAGCAAUCAACUUAGGAUUAAGAAGAAUUGAAGAGCCAGCUUUAGAAAGAAAUCGAUUAAUUAUAAAAUGAGUCUAAUGCUAAGCUAUAGAGAUAACUACAUGAAAUCGAAAGACUUAAGGAUGAAUAGGAUGAACUUGUUAAAUCCUUAAGUGAGAAAUAAGAUUAGUAAACUAAAGACUUGCUCAAUUAAAAAGAAAGAGAGAAGGAGUAGAUUAAGGAGGAGAUGGAAAGACUCAAGUAAGAACUUGAUGAGAAGUACAAUCGUAGCAUUGAUGAAAAAGAUAAGUAAAAUAAAUUGCUUCAAAGUAUGCAGGAAAAAAUAAGGAAAGAUUUGGAAUUGAAACUAUAGGAAUCAGUUCAAAGCUUGGAAAAACUCGAACAAGAUAAAGAGGAUUAGAUAGAAGAAUUAAGAUAAUAGCAAGAAUAAGCAUUGAGAUCUAUAGAGGGCAAAACUAAGGAGGAACAAGAAAAGCUGAGGAAAUAGAUUUAAGCUGAAACAAAUGAAAAGAUUAGACUAGCUUAAGAGAAAGAAGAGGAGCUUUAAAGAUUAAAGGAGGAAUAAGAGUCCCUUCUCGAGUAAUUAAACAAAAAGAAGUAAGAUGAGAUGAAGAAGCUGUAGAAUGAACUCGAGAAGUAGAUUCAAACAUUAAACAAUCAAGUAGAGGACCAAAAAAAUUAUAUUGAAGAACUUGAAAAUCUUAAUAAGGAAUUCACCGAAGAACUUGAGUCUUCAAAGUCUGAUCAAUAAAAACAAAUAGAUUCUCUGAAGAAAUAACUUAAAGAAGAUUAAUAAAAGACCAAAGCUGAUAUCCAAUAGCUUAAAAAGGAGCAUGAGGAUUAAAUUGAUGCCAUUCAUAUUGAAAACUAGGAGAAAGAGGAUAAGCUUGAGAAUCAAAUUCAACAACUAUAGAAAUAAGUAAAGGAGCUUAAUAAUCAAUUAUCGUAGUAACUUAAGUAGAAGGAAUAGGAACUUGAACAGACUAAGGAACAGCAUGAGGAAUUACUCUAACAGGUAUAGAAUAAAAACUCAGAGCAAUUAGAACAACUCAAGAAGAAGCUUGAAACAGAUCAUAAUUAGGCCAUCAACAAGAAAGACCAGGAAAAAUCAUUGUUUGAAAAGAUGCAAGAAAAGAUCAGAGAAGAUCUCAAGAAUAAACUUGAUGAGUAAGAAAGAGAAAGACAGUAGAGUAUGGUUAAGAUACAAGAACUUGAGAUUGAUAUCUAGAACAAAGAAGAAGACAUCGAAAACGAAAGAAAGGAGAGAAUUGAGACUCUGGCUGAGCUUAAUGAGCAAAUCGAGUAGCUCUCUUAAGAAAAUGAAAGUUUGAAGGAACAAAAUGAAUAGCUAACCAGUGAACUAGAUGCUUUGAAGAAAACCUAAUCAGAAUCUGAGAAUCAGUAAGUUCGCCAACUUUCAGAGUAACUCUCUCAGUAUUAGCAGAAAACUCAAGUGCUUGAGAAGGAAAACUCAACUAACAAGCAUGACCUAGAAUCACUAAAGACUUAGGUUAAGACCAAAACUGAUGAGAUACAAGGACUAGAGACUGAUCUUGAAAAGCAAUUUGAGGAGAAUCAGCAGUUAAUGAAGGAUAUUGAGAAGAUGCAAUAGGAUGAGUAGACUUUCAACUAAAAUAUCAGAGAGCUGAAGUAGCAAGGCAAACAAAAGGACAAAUAAAUAGCUCAUCUUGAGGCAGAAAUGCAAGAGAAAGAUCAAAUAAUCUAAGAGAAGCAAUAAGAUCUCGACAGUGAAAUUGAAAAGAGACAGAAAGAUAAAAAGAAGGUUUAAGAAUUAGAAGCAUAACUCAAGACUCUAAGAGAUACUCAUGAUGAAGAACUUGAUCAACUUAACAAUUAAAUAGCGGAUCUCAAAGCUUAGAUUGAUAAACUCCAAAAGCAGAAGUAGGCUAAUGAUGGCAAUAAAAUGAAUCAGUCAAUUGAUGAAAUUGAGCAGAAACUAGGAGAAUUCGAUAUUCAGAUAAACGAACUCAUGAAGCAAUCAAAUGAAAUUCAGAAAUAAAAGGAAUUCAGAAACAGUCUGCUCGACAGUGCAGAGAAAGACAACAACACAGAGAUAAUUGGUGAUCUUAAUGAUGAUUAACUGUAAUUCUGCAAGAGGGUCAAAUAUCAAGAUUAAGCUUGGUAUUUGCUAUUCAAGUCUGGUCUGUAUCACUGGCUUAAUUAAGACAAGAUUCCACUUGAAAAGCUAAAGGAGAUUGAUGUCCAGGAAAUAGAAGAUAGCUAAGGCAAGAUGGAGGAGAAACUAGCAGACCUCAGAAAAUAAAAAGAAUCACUUCAUCAAUUAAUUUCUUCAACUAAAUCAGGCAGGCAACAAGAAAAAGAUCAAUAAAGCAUAAAGCAACUUUAGGUCGAGAACGAAGAUCUUAAGGCUUAACUAAAUGAGCAGCUCCAAGCAAAUAAUAAUCUUUAGCAAAUGACGAUUCAACUUAAGUAAAAGAUCAAUGACCUCAAUGAUAAGAUUAUUGGUUUGGCAGAUACAGAUAAGAGCUAUGAAAACAUCUCAAAGUAUCUUGAACUUCACAAACAAAAAGAAGAACUGAGCUAGAAACUCAGAGAAUAGCUAGAGAGUAACAUGAGACUUGACAACGAGAAUGAAACACUCAGAAAGUAAUUAUAAGAUUCAGAAUAUAGUUUUGCUCGAGGUGGUGGAAAGAGUUUCGCCAUGAAGCCUGAAAACUUUGAUAUUAAUACGUCAAGUAUUGACCAGAAGCUUGAAGAUGAGGACAUUGAUCUACCCUAGGAGAGCAUUGUCGAUAAAUACAAGAAGCUACAUGCUGAACUUGAGGAGUACAAGAAGUUGAAUAAAGAUUUCUAAGUAAAGAAUAAUUCACUUCAAGAUGAGCUGAAGACAGUUAAAGCUUCCUAAUCAAACGCAAGUCAACAGUAGUAGCAGCAAUAAAUGGAUGCUCAAGAGGCAUUUGAAAACUUGCAGCUAGCCAAGUAGCUUAUCAUUUAGUAUCUUGAAAACGUGCCAAUCAGUACUCCAGAGAACGAACAACGUUUAUCAGUUAUUUAUAGUAUCUUAAUGCUCACACAGAGUGAACAGAACAAUUUAACUAAUAAGAGGACUGCUUUAACUUAGAAAAACGUGCAGGAUAAUGUAAAGAAGGGUAUUAUGGGAGGUUUAUUCAAGAAAAAAUGA